AUGACUACGUGCCGUCUGCUGUGCGCCCUGUUGGUGCUCGCCCUGUGCUGCUGCUUAUCCGUGUGCGUGACAGCGAAUGGUAAAGAAGGAUCCGAGACCACAACGACAACCACGACGACGAAGCCGCCAACGACGACUACAACCACGACGACAAAGCCACCAACCACGACUACAACCACGACGACAAAGCCACCAACGACGACUACAACCACGACGACAAAGCCGCCAACGACGACUACAACUACGACAGAGGCACCAACUAUUACGACGACAGAGGCACCAACUACGACGACCACCCGCGAACCGUCAAGUAUUCGCAAAAUUGACGGCAGCCUCGGCAGCUCUGCGUGGGUGUGUGCCCCGCUUGUGCUUGCCGUAUCCGCGCUGGCGUACACCACUCUGGGCUGA